AUGAAGGGCCAUGUGUUGUUGAUAUUAUUAUUAUCCUUAUUACUGGCUUUAUAUAAUUCAGUUAACGGAGCUAAAUACAAUGUAGUGUGCUAUUAUGCUAACUGGUCGCAAUAUAGACCAGAUGGUGGGAAGUUCUUCCCUGAAGACAUCAAUCCUAAAAGUUGUACCCACAUCAUAUACGCCUUUGCUAAAUUAUCUGGAAAUCGACUAGCACCUACUGAAUGGAAUGAUGACCUAUUCCAGUAUCCUAGAGGAUUAUAUCUAAGAGUUAUGGAUCUCAAGAAGUCAAAUCCUGAUCUGAAAGUUCUUCUUGCACUCGGCGGUUGGACCAUGCCUGUAAGAGAUUUCUCAGCAAUGGUUUCAACAUGGGGAAAUAGACAAGAAUUUAUUCGUAAUGCUAUUGAAUAUUUGAGAAGAUUUGGUUUUGACGGAUUAGAUUUAGAUUGGGAAUAUCCUGGCAGUAGAGGAAGUCCGGCCAUCGAUAAGAAAAGAUUUACAUAUUUAGUUUGGGAAAUCAGAGAUGCCUUUGAGAAAGAAGCUGUGCAGACUGGUAAAGAGAGGAUGUUGAUUACCGCUGCCGUACCAGCUAGCAAGAGUACCAUUGAAAAAGGUUAUGAAAUUCCAGCUUUAGGAAAAAAAUUGGAUAUGAUAAACCUGAUGUCGUAUGAUCUACAUGGUGGAUGGGAUAAAGUAACAGGACAUAAUGCACCACUGUUUGCUUAUCCUGGUGAUCCUACACCUACUCUUAAUGUUGCUUACGCUGCACAAUACUGGGCUAGUCAGGGAGCACCUAAGGAGAAAAUCCAUGUUGGUAUGCCAAUGUAUGGAAGAAGUUAUACAUUAGCUAAUAGAUAUAACACUGGAUUAGGUGCUCCUGUUACUGGGCCUGGUAGAAAGGAACCUUUCUCAGGAGAAGCUGGUAUAAUUUUAUAUUAUGAGAUCUGCAAUACAGUACUAAACAGAUACCAAACUAUACAAGAUGAUAAUAUGAAAGUACCAUACGCUGUUUCUGGAGACCAAUGGGUUGGAUAUGAUGAUAAAAGAGCUAUACAAUCUAAGUUAGAUUGGUUGUUGCAAGAAGGAUAUGGAGGUGGUAUGAUAUGGGCCAUAGAUUUAGAUGAUUUUUCUGGUUCAUUCUGUGGACGUCCAUAUCCAUUACUAUCAGUUCUAACGGAUUGUUUAUUGUAUGGAAAAGGUUCCAACACAUGUCGAGAGAAGGUACUUCCAGGAUCCGUAGUACCACAACCAACGACACAAAAACCAUGGAUACCACAACCAGCAACAACACCUGAACCAUACAACCCUCCUUAUAAACCACCUAGUGGUAAUACUUAUAUAUAA